AUGGCCUCCGUGGUGGCCAAGCGGGAAGGGCCGCCGUUCGUUAGCGAGGCCGCUGUGCGGGGCAACGCCGCCGUCCUGGAUUACUGCCGGACCUCAGUGUCAGCGCUGUCGGGGGCCACGGCCGGCAUCCUCGGCCUCACCGGCCUCUACGGCUUCAUCUUCUACCUUCUUGCCUCCGUCCUGCUCUCCUUGCUCCUAAUUCUCAAAGCGGGAAGAAGGUGGAACAAAUAUUUUAAGUCACGAAGACCUCUUUUUACAGGAGGCCUCAUUGGAGGCCUCUUCACCUACGUCCUGUUCUGGACAUUCCUCUAUGGCAUGGUGCACGUCUACUGAAAUGGGGGCAGGGUUGACUUUUUAAAAAAAACAGAUUGGGAAGACUGUUGCCAGAAAUUAACACCGUGUAGACUUACUUAGUUUUUAAAAUUGUUGAAUUCGCUGCUUGUUCUGUAACGUUAUAAAUAAUUUAUAUCUGAAGACGAAGAGCCUGUAAUAUUCUUCAGAUUAAAUGAAGCGUGAGACA